AUGGCCCGGCUGGGGAACGCCAGGCAGGACACCCUGGAUGCAGGUGGGGGCCAUCCUGCAGUGGGAAACACCAGCGUGGAGCCCCCCAGCAUCCCCCCCCGUGAGUGGAGCUGCGCCUGGAGCCCCCCGGAGGAGGAGGGCGAGGAGCCCCUGCGCCUGCCCACCUUCUCCGCGGCCGCCCAGGUGCGCGUGGCCGUCACCUUCGCCCUCUUCGCGCUCUCGGCCGGCUGCAACCUGGCGGUGCUGCGGGCGGUGGGGGGCCGGGGCAGCGGCCGGCGCCCCCACAUCCGCCUGCUGCUGCGGCACCUGGCGGCCGCCGACCUGCUGGUCAGCGUGCUGGUCAUGCCGCUGGACGCCGUCUGGAACAUCACGCUGCAGUGGCGGGCGGGCGACCUGGCCUGCCGCCUGCUGAUGUACCUGCGCCUGCUGGCCAUGUACGCCUCGGCUUUUGUCACCGUGGUCAUCAGCCUGGACCGGCAGGCGGCCAUCCUGCGCCCGCUGGCCAUCGCCCGCGCCCGCGCCCGCAACCGCGCCAUGCUGCAGGCGGCCUGGGCGCUGAGCGCGGGGCUGGCCGUGCCGCAGCUGUUCCUGUUCCGCACCAUCACCCUGCGCCCCCCGCACAACUUCACGCAGUGCACCACGCGGGGCAGCUUCCCCCGGCGCUGGCACGAGACCCUGUACAACAUGCUGGGCUUCGCCUGCCUCUUCCUGCUGCCGCUGCUCAUCAUGGUCUGCUGCUACGCCCGCAUCCUGCUGGAGAUCUCCCGCCGCAUGGGCUCCGGCCUCUUCUCCUCGCAGGACGCGUCGCUGCGCUGCUCCAGGAACAACAUCCCCCGCGCGCGGCUGCGGAUGCUGCGGAUGAGCCUGGUCAUCGUCUCCUCCUUCAUCCUCUGCUGGACCCCCUACUACCUGCUGGGGCUCUGGCACUGGUUCUGCCCCCGCGCCAUGGAGGAGAGGGUCUCGCCGGCCCUCAGCCACAUCCUCUUCAUCUUCGGCCUCUUCAACGCAUGCCUGGACCCCAUCACCUACGGGCUGUUCACCAUCCCCCUCCGGGGGCGCUGGGGCUGCCCAUGCAGGCACGGCCCCCCGGCCCAGCCCCCCUCCCCGGCCACCGGCUCCUUCCGCUGCUCGGCCUCCUCCCUGCCGGCCCGGCGGGGCGCCCAGGGCGCGAGGGGGUCCCGGGGGGCUGCCAGGGACACCUCCUGUCACAGCAGCUCCCUGUGA